AUGGCGCAGAAGGAAAACAGUGAUGCGACGGUGACGUUUCCACCACAUCAGAUGCGUUAUAGCGGUGUGCGUAAGAUUUCACGAGGGAAGUACAUAGCUGAGAUUAGAGAUCCCGACCAGAAGAGACGUGUCUGGCUCGAAACUUUUGAUACGCUGGAGAAAGCUACUCGUUUCUAUGAUCUGGUCAUGUGGUUGUUACGGGGCCUCAUGCUAAUAAACAAUUUUACUCAGACAACUGAGGAAUACCUUCAAUAUGCUAACCGCGGUGGCGCUAACGACGGAAGUGGGUCUGGGGUCAAGAGUCAGGCAGAGCCUCUCAAUCUUGAGCUUUCCCUUGCACCUAAAGAAAUGAAGAAAAUUUGA